GCCCAUUAUACUCCAUUAAAAAUGUUCGCCCGAAAUGACGAGUGAGAUUGAGAGCUUUUUAUUAGACAUAUAUGUGAUAUGAUUUCAAGAAUAAGGUGUAAAGGACAUAAAUAAAAUGGCUACAAAAUUACCUCCCCUUCCAAGUAUAUCUGAAAUUGUAAGAAUGUACAAACUUAAAGCAAGAAAACAACUGUCACAGAAUUUCUUACUAGACAUGAAUUUAACCAGAAAGACUGUCAAAGCAGCUGGAAAUAUUAGUGAUGGAUAUGUCUGUGAAAUUGGACCUGGACCAGGGGGAAUAAGUCGAUCUAUCCUUGAAAAAGAUGUCAGAGGGUUGGCAGUCAUUGAAAAAGAUAAAAGAUUUAUUCCAAGUUUACAGAUGUUAGGAGAUGCAGGUGGAGGGAAAAUGAAGAUAUAUCAUGGUGAUAUUUUACAAUAUGACAUGGAUGAUGUAUUUCCGUCAGAAAUCAAGAAUAAAUGGGAGGAUGAACCUCCAAAUCUUCAUUUGAUAGGAAAUCUACCAUUUAAUGUUUCCACGCCCCUUAUAAUCAGACUGUUACAUGCUAUAUCAGAACGCAGAGGUCCAUGGAAACAUGGCAGAGUCAACCUAACUUUGACCUUUCAAGAGGAGGUGGGUUACAGAAUGUCAGUGCCACCUGGUGAUAAAGAACGUUGUCGAUUAUCUGUGAUGUGUCAGCAUUUAUGUCAUGUAGAUACAAAGUUUAUAAUUCCUGGUAGUGCCUUUGUGCCAGCACCUAAAGUCAAUGUUGCAGUAGUUACCUUUAAUCCCUUAAAGAAACCAUUGAUUAGCCAACCAUUUAAAUUGGUAGAAAAAGUUGCCAGACAUACUUUUCAUUAUAAACAGAAAAGGGUCAGAAAAGGAAUAGAAACUUUGUUUCCACCAGAUAUGCCUGAACUAACUGCAAAAAUGUUUGAGUUAUCUGAAGUUAAUCCCAACUUAAAACCAAUAAGUCUGACAAAUGAAGAAGUUGGACGAUUAUGUCAUGUUUAUAACUAUAUUUGUGAUCAACAUCCAUAUAUAUUGUCAUAUGAUUACAGAAGUCCACAAAUGAAAGAAUUUGUGAGAAAAGCAAGACAGUUAGAAAUGGACAAGAUAGAACAACAGAUUAUAUUAGGUCCUUCAGAAAAGACAGAAUCUAUUAUUGCACAUGAAAACAAUACAUAAAAUAGUUCAGUUAUCUUAA